UAUAAAAAACUGUUAUAAAUAAAUCUCCCCUUCAUGUGUUGAGUUGUAUCAUCAUGUCAUCUGCCUCCUCAUGCAAAUGAUGCCAAGAAGUGAUAAGCAGCAGGCGCGAGGGUGAUAGAUCAGCGAGAGCCGAACGCCGCUCGAAUCUCAGCUUGAUUAGCUCCGUGGACUUGCAAAAAGGCGGCGCGUUUGAGGAGAUUCGGCGGGGCCCUGGUGCCGGGAAGAUGAACAAGGACAGGUCCCGGAUCUCGGCGGACGGCGGCGGCGGCGACGGCCUGCCGCCGCAGCCGUCGCGCCGCUCGGCGACUCCCCCGCCGGAGUACGACAUCAGCCGCAUGCCGGACUUCCCCACCAGGAACCCUGGCCACCGGCGCGCGCACUCCGAGAUCCUCAGCCUCCCGGACGACCUCGACCUCUGCGCGCCCGGGGGCGGCGACGGGCCCUCGCUGUCGGACGAGAACGACGAGGAGCUAUUCUCCAUGUUCCUCGACGUGGACAAGCUCAACUCGUCGUGCGGGCCGUCGUCCGACCAGGCGGAGUCGUCGUCAGCCGCUGCUGCCGGCGGGGGCGAGGCGGCCAGGGCGGGCCACGUGAUGAGGCCGAAGCACCAGCACAGCCAGUCCAUGGACGAGUCGAUGUCGAUCAAGGCCGAGGACCUGGUGGGGGCGCCGGGGAUGGAGGGGAUGUCCACUGUGGAGGCCAAGAAGGCGGUGUCCGCCGCGAAGCUGGCCGAGCUUGCUCUUGUCGACCCCAAGAGGGCAAAAAGGAUUUGGGCUAAUAGACAAUCCGCAGCAAGAUCGAAGGAAAGGAAAAUGCGCUAUAUUGGUGAACUUGAGCGCAAGGUGCAAACCCUGCAGACAGAAGCAACAACAUUGUCAGCCCAGUUGUCAUUGCUACAGAGAGAUACCAGUGGGCUAACAAGUGAGAAUAGUGAAUUGAAGAUACGUCUGCAGAACAUGGAGCAGCAAGUCCACCUACAAGAUGCUCUAAAUGACACCCUGAAAACGGAGGUUCAGCGGCUGAAGGUGGCAACAGGCCAGACGGGCAAUGGUGGGGGGAUGCUGAUGAACUAUGGCGGCAUGUCACAGGCGCCACACCAAUUCGGAAGCAACCAGCAGAUGUUCCACAACAACCAGUCCAUGCAGUCUCUGCUAGCGACGCACCAGCUGCAACAGCUCCAGCUCCAUCCACAGCCCCAGCAGCAGCAGCAGCCGAUGCGCCCUCAGCACCACCACCACCAGCAGCAGCAGCCACUGCACCUGCUGCAGGCACAGCAGUUCCAGCAGGCAGCGCGCGACCUCAAGAUGAAAGGGCCGAUGUGGGGCGACGGGAAGUCGUCGGGAAGCGGCGGCAUCUGAAACAACUAGGUCUGGAGAUGAUGAUGAUGAUGAUGCGCAGGUGUAGUGGCUUUGGUGUUGGCUUUUUUAGUUUCGAUUGAACAGUUGGGACGAUCGAUCACAGGUGUUGACAGUGUCGUGGGAAGCGUUUGUCUGUAGUUGUUGAAGGAAGUCACUUUGGGAAUUCUAGGUUGAACCUUUUGGUUUUGGUCCGGUAGAAGAUGCAUUGUUGCGUCCAGUUAUGGGCAUACUUCAUGUUGUUGUUGUUGUUGUUGUUGUUGUUAACUUAAACUCAGGCACUGAUGGGUUUGCCCGUUGAGCAUGUUAGGGAAAAUGAACAGGCUAAUUGUAUGGCUGUUAGUGCUGGAACCAUUUUAUUUGUUA